AUGAUCACAGUCGCCGUUGCGGGAGCGACUGGGGGCGUGGGCCGCUCGAUACUGGAUCAUGUUGAACAGAGCCACAAAUUCAGGGUCAUCGUCCUGACUCGCAAGGCAUCAGAAGCUUCCGUGUCUGAGGCGGGAACUAGAUACCUUCAUGUCGACUACGACGAUGUGGAAGGGCUUGCUGACAUACUAACGACACACAAUGUCCACACCGUCGUCUCGACUAUCGGCAUCAGCUCCCCAGACACGAGCGCGGCUCAGUGUAAUCUGAUCAGAGCUGCAGACAAGUCGGGCGCGACGAAGCGUCUGAUACCGAGCGAAUUUUGGGCGAAGACGGUUCCCGAUCUUCAACGGACGGGAACUAAUUCUCACGGGGUCGCUCUCCUCAGCCUCCUACCUCUAGACCCCACCGUGCAGUGGUGGCUCGAUGCCGCGUCACUGCUCGAGUCCAGCUCAUUGCAGUACACGAGGAUUUCCUGCGGCUGGUUUAUGGACUAUUGGGGAAUGCCACACGUCAAAACUCACUUAUCGGACUACUCCUGGGCGAUAGACGUGUUUAAUCGCAAGGCAGCCAUACCGGGAGACGGAGCCAAUGUUCUCAGCUUGACUCUGAUUGGCGACGUGGCUCGAGCGAUUCUGUUGUUGCUGGAAGCCGAGGACUGGCCAGAAUGGACGUUCGCAGUGGGCGAUAGCGUUACGUUCCACGAGUUCGUGAGCAUCGCCAAAAGAGUACGAGGAGGCGCCCUUUUUGAAAUCACACACGAUACCCUCGACGACCUGAACCAAGGCAAAGUGACGAUCCUGCCGAACCCAGGUUCCGCAGCGUGGGACGCGUCGCCCUCCGAAACUGCAGCGAGAAAGGAGUCCUUGAUCCUAUUCGGCAAGCUCUACGUCUCCGGAGUGUGGGAUCUGUCCAAAGAGCCGCAGUUUUCGACGCGGUGUCCGGAAUGGAGACCCAAGAAGCUGGGGCAGUUCUUGGAGGAGGUUUGGCUGGGUAGACCGUGA